GUUUAAACGCGGUGCAGCUUGACAGCUUGCAAACAUGGCGAGCUUAGCGGAUGUCAGUUGGAAACUGCUGGAAUUCAAAGCCCGGUCUAAGAGAUCAGGAUCCAUCUAUGAGCCUCUCAAGCUGUCCAUUCUCCAGCGAGAGGAUGAGCCCAUGUGGGAGAAACUGGACCGCUACUACAAUGCAGUCAAGACCACCAUCCUCAACUACCAGAGUCCCACCACCGGCUUGUUCCCCGUCAAGACCUGCUCCACCUGCAAAGAGGCCAAAGUGCGGGACUCCUUGUACUGUGCGGCAGGAGCCUGGGCGCUCGCCAUGGCCUACCGCCGCAUCGAUGACGACAUGGGCCGCACGCACGAGUUGGAGCACUCGGCCAUCAAGUGCAUGCGAGGCAUCCUCUACUGCUACAUGAGGCAGGCCCACAAGGUGGAAGAGUUCAAACAGGAUCCCAGCCCCUCCAAGUGUCUCCACUCCAUGUUCCACGUGGACACGGGCGAUGAGAUCCAGGACUACAGCCAGUAUCAUCACCUGCAGAUCGAUGCCGUGUCUCUGUUCCUGCUCUACCUGGUGGAGAUGAUCUGCUCCGGCCUGCAGAUCAUCUACAACACUGACGAGGUGUGCCUAAAGAAGUGUGCGGUGAGGCCGGGUGAAGAACUCGGACGCAGUCUGGUCACGGUCUCAGGUGGGCCUCGGAUGCCGGGUCUGGAAAGGUGUGGAACCUGCAAAGUAAAGCGGGAGAGGCCGCCUCCCCCUCGCCAGGACGACGCCUCCAACCGCGCUCGUUAA